CUCUGCGAUCUAAACCAAGCCUACGAUAGCCCUGUCGAGCGCGGAGCACCGCAUCACAAACAGAAACCGGCAUCACGACCACAGUUAGCACCCGGUCCCUACCCCCUCAUGGCUUCGUUAGAGUUCUUGGCCACCGAACUUCUACUCAACAUCGUUCAAUAUGUCGAGACCCCCGAAGAAUUCACCACCGUUGACGGAUCCAAGGAACAGCCAUCGCUCAAAAACUUGUCCUCGACAUGCAGGCGGCUUCGCGCUGUAUGCUUCCCGUUCCUUUUCCGUUCGGUGAAGCUACCCCUCGAAAAAGGACACACGUGCAAGAGCAUUGAGGAAUUGCGCAGUUUCAUACUGAACAAUGCUUUGGAGAAAACGAUCGAGAGCAUAGGGCUGGCUAUGGGGUCGCAGUGGAAUGAGGGGAAGGUUGGAUUAGAGUUGAAGAAGUUUCUCUGGGAGAUUUCCGUGAAAUCCUUGUCAAUACGUCAGUACCGAACCCACCACACUCUCCGAGAGAAGUCAGCUCGGUGGCCAUACUUUCUCGCUACGCUCGAGAGGCUACGGCUCGAAGAGGUUGACGACGAUAACGAUCUCAAAAUACUGCUUUUGAAGCAGUGCCCUAUUCGCCUGCUCCAUGUAAACGAUGGCAACUUUCGCUCUCUGUAUGAGGAGGAUGAUAAAUAUUUUCUGGGCAGGGCGGAAUCUGGGCCCGGGAUUACAUCCUUCAAGCCCUCUGCAUUCCCCAACCUUACUACUGUAGUCUACCAUGCUGCCUGGCCACCAUAUAACCGCUUCGAUGGUUUCCUCGAAUUUGUCUCGAAAUUGCCUGCCAUCAAGGUACUCGAAGUGAAGCUUAUGGGGGAUGAAGAUCUUGAAUUGGAUCUUAAGAGGAAAUCCUACAAGCUCCCUCCUGAUGCCAUCCGGUUCAUAGAAGUGGUUUCGGCAUACCAAAUAUUGGCGUGGAGGGUAGGGACCAUCGACAGCUUGCAACGCCUGGUUAUUCGUGAUCACCGCAUUCCCUAUCACGGGGAGACAGACCCCCCACAGUCCUUCGCCGAAGGCCCCGUUGGCACUUACCAGAGACAGAAUGACACACGGACGCAGUGA